AUGAUAAAUAGAGAUUUCGAUACUGAUGAUUCAAAUUAUGCUCGAAUCAACUUGGUAACAUACAUGAAACCAGAAGAUAUGAAUUACCAUUCAGUUUGCUUGCAUGUCCUAGCAGAUUCUAUUCACAGUUCAGGUUUGAUAUUGGCAUCCUGGUUUCUCUCUCUUGGGGUUAAUAAUGCAGAAGUUUUAUGCUUGGGAUUAGUUUCGGUUGCAGUCUUUAUGCUUGUUAUGUCUCUAUUUAAAGCUACUGGUGGCAUCUUGCUUCAGUCGGCACCACCGAAUAUUUCGUCUUCAGCCUUGCACAAAUGCUGGCGACAGAUUGUUUCUCUUGAAGAUGCUACAGAAGUUUCUCAAGCUCGGUUUUGGGAACUAGUGCAUGGUCAUGUUGUUGGAUCCCUUUCACUUCUGGUGAAGAAAGAGAUGGACGACCGGCGUACACUAGGGUAUGUGCAUGGUUUGUACAAUGACUUGGGAAUACAUGAUUUGACAGUGCAAACUGAUUAUGGAAAGAACCUUGUGUUGUAG